AUGGCUGUACCAUUUCGUGCAAAAGAUGUUGCAGCUGAAAAUACAGAAUUCGGACAUCCAGAUGUGGCUAUUCUCUUAACACAAAUUUCCUAUUACUAUAAAGGAUUGACAGAUUCACAAAUGCUUCAAUGUUUUAAUCGUUUGAGUCAAGAUGAAAGUGAUCCGGAAAUGAUCUAUGAUCAAUGGAUUUCAUUGGAAGAGGAAAACGAUAUCAUUGCAAGUAUAAGACAAUGGAAAAGAGUCAAUCUAAAAGAUUAUCAACAACGAACUCAACUACUCUUACCGACUUUACGAUACAAUAUGCUAGUUAUAAAUUAUUUUCUCAAUCAUUUUGUUUUUCCUCAAGAAGCAAAACAAUUUCCACAAAAAUUAGUUGCUUCUGCUUGGGAUCUAUCUUCAUCUUCACGAGAAAAAAUAAUCACUGGAUUUAGUGGUACAAAUGAUACUCAAUUAUUAUUACCUGUUCACAUUCGUCAAUGUGAUUUACCAGAACUUCAAAAAACAGACGCCAUUGUUCUUAAUAAUUUACUGCGGCCAGAAAAUGAUCGUUAUCAAUAUUUACCAAUUAGUACGAGUUCUGAUGAAAUCUUGAAAAGAAUUGUUAUUAGCCAACCAAUAACUCAAGUCAUUCUAGAUGUUGGUGCUUUGUUCAUAGAUGGAACUAAUCGUCAAAUAGCUGUCAAAUGGUUGGAUCUAUCGGAUAAAACAAAAAUUGAUUAUGUAGUGUAUUUUGAAUCGGAUUCAAUAUUCGUUUGUGAUCGUCAAUAUCA